AGAAAAACAGAACCGAUCUCUCUUAUUAUUAUUUACCGUGUAGCAAAACAACAAAAUGGGUAGGAAAAAGAUCAAGAUGGAGAUGGUUCAGGACAUGAACACAAGGCAAGUCACCUUUUCAAAACGUAGAACCGGUUUGUUCAAGAAGGCAAGCGAGUUAGCCACCCUCUGCAACGCUGAGUUAGGUAUUGUUGUCUUCUCGCCAGGAGGCAAGCCUUACUCCUACGGGAAACCGAAUCUUGAUGCUGUCACAGAGCGGUUCAUGAGGGAAUGCGAUGAUGAUUCCGACAGUGGGGAUGAUGAAGAAGAAGAAGAAGAAAGAGGCAAAAGUAGACCUAAAAUGAAGAAGGUGAACGAACGUCUUGAUUGUCUCAAGAGAGAGAUUGAAGCUGAGAAGAAACGAGGCGAGGAGAGGCAGGCAAAGCUUGAAUCCGCUGGAGAUGAGAGGUUUGAGAAGCCUAUUGAGAAGCUAACCAUUGAUGAACUCAAAGAGUACAUGGAUAAGUUGGAAGCAGUCCAUGGUAGGAUCCAAGGUCAAGCCAAUAAGAUGCAGGCUUCAUCUUGUCUUGUGUUUCUCUCCGGGGACAAGGCUUCUGUAGAAUGA